ACCCCCGACAAACCAAAGAAACAAAAAAAUGAAAAGGAUGUAAAAGCAGAGAGUCGUAUACCAUUCAAUGAAAUUCAUUUUGAAGUUCUGAAAACGAAUUCGCAUGAUCAGAUGAUAACAGACUCAUUUGAUAAGAUACAAAAUAUAGCAGACAAAUUUGUAGCCAAAGCAACAUUCUUACUGACCAUGACUCCGACGGUUGGUGGUAUGCUAUGUGGACUUGUUCAGACUUGGACAGACAAAACGAAUAAAUUCCAUUCAGUUUUGGCAAAACGAAUAGUUGAUACAGCUGAAAAAUUGGACUUGGAAAAUAAUAUCCAUCAUUUCAUAUCGACGAUGACGCAAAUUGAUCGAACGUUUGGUCGAAUUGUAAAUAAUCUAUCAAUUCAUGAAGACGCCGAACUCGCGGAUAUCCGCCGUGUUUUGGAAAUAGAAAUUGAAAAUUUCGAUCGUAAAAUCGGAGUUUAUAAAAAAUAUCCAACACUUUCAAUUAAUUCAUUUUUUGUGCUACAAAUUUACGUGCUGGCAUUCGAUGCGCUGUUCAGACAAAAGAAACCGCAUUUAGCCAAAUUUUCACAAAUGACAUGUGACAUUAAUCGAAUGCUGUACGAAUAUCGUAAUCUAACUGUGUAUAAUCGAUUAAAUUUGAUCGAUUUAUCGGCAACGUAUUGGUUUUCCGAAGAAAAAGCGAAAAAAAUUAAAGCCAAAUUAAUUCCAAUCGUCGGCAGUAUUCCGUACAGUGCUAGCGGAUAUAAUGACGCCAAUGCAAAAACAAUUGCAUGCACGAAAAUGAGAGAGAUAAAAGGCAUACCGCCGAUAAUAAUGUACAUAAAGGACGGCGAUAAUUCAUUUUAUGACAAUAAAGAUUGGAAUAAUAUUGAAAAUUGUCUUAUAGACUAUAUGAAGUACGCCAGAUAUCAAGUUGAACGAUUUUUUGAUAAACCACUUACACUAACCAAUCUCGUAUGUUCCACGAAGAAAGAGAGCCAACUCGGAAUUAAAGGUUUUGCACAUCUGGACACUAAAAAUCAUAUUCAAUUGGUACAAUAAUGGUGAAUGAAUGUGAUUUAUAAUGGAUAUGAGGUCAAAGCGAAUUGAUAUGAUGCCUAAUUUUUUGAUUUAUCAAACUAAAUGAUCCAAGCGAGCUUUUUGAUUUCAAUUUGAAUAGCAAGCCUUUUAAAUUAAACACAAUUCAUUAUUUGUACAAAGAAUUAAUAAAUAAUAUUAUUCUUGAUCCAUUAUAAA